AUGUUUGGGACAGGGAUUAGACUCACACACAAGUAUCUGCUCUGCAGUGAAGCUAAGUACUGUAGAGUGUAUCAGGAGUGUUGGCGGGGCUUUGAGGCGAGGCCUAACCUGCCGUCGCCCCGUGUGUUAGUGACAGUAACCUGUGCUGUGUACCUCGCCCGUGCCGCCGCUCUCCCCUCCGCCGUCCGACUAACACUUCCCACCAAACUGGCUUCCGCAGAGACCGCCACCAUGCCGGACCAAGACCUGGCCUCCAAGUACAUGGACCUACCGCAGCAGGGUCUGGCGAGCAUGGCUCACACGCCGCCCUACGCCCAGCCCCUGGGCUACCAGCAGCCGCCCACGCCUGGCUACAAUCCUCCGGGCUACGGCUUUCCGCCUAUGUAUCCUCAGACCUCCUACCCAGGCUACCCGAUGGGCUCUUACCUCACUUCGCAGUGCCCUUCACCCUCCGUCGACGAAAAACCAGAAGACGAGGGUUCUGUCAGAGUGGGUGGUAAAGGCAAGAAGAUGCGGAAACCCCGGACCAUCUACUCUUCCUUACAACUACAGCAGCUUAACAAGAUAUUCCAGAGGACGCAGUACCUAUCCCUGCCCGAGCGCGCUAGGUUGGCCGCCAAGCUCGGUCUCACACAAACUCAGGCGACCUCAGGCCCUCCAGUGGUCGGCCUCCAGCCUGAGGUCAACUGA